AUUGUGAUGAAGAGGUUUGAUUCUGUUUGGAGUGGCCAUGCACAGGAUAGCUGUGGUCUUUCUGAUCCAAUGGUAGAAGAAAACAUAAGGAAAUAAUGCUGCAAGAAGGAAUUGGCACUCAUCUAGCAUGGAACUAUGUCAUAUUGAUAUUGCUUCAUAGCAUCAGUUCAAGUAUUACAUCACCAACUCAUCAUGCUUUGGAAAAAAAUGAAGUGGCAGCCAGCAAACUUAUCACAAAAAUGAAGGAUGCAUCUGAAGCUCUUUUAAACUUCUUCAGGCCAGUGACUUGCCGACACAAAGAAAAACACUCCUUAGUCCCUUGUCAUGUAGGAGGGAGCAUUAACGCAACAGAGUGCUUGGAAAAUAGAUGUUGUCCUUCCAAAGGCAGCCAUGAACUGAAAUGUUAUAUCCCAUUUAAAGACAAUCUGCAGCUGACUUUUCGACUGUUUUUGCUUGGGGCAAUAGGAUUUUUAAUUUUGGGAUGUCUACCAUUAUGUUGCUGUGCCUGCUUGCAGAGGAGUCAAUGUGUCAAUCCUUUACGAAGAGCAAACAAAAAAAUAGAACAAAUUGUGCAGAAGAAAAGAGCAAGUAGUGAAGAAAUGCACAGCUUGUUAUCAAAUUGACUUAAAAACUCUGAGGUUCAUAAAUACAAGAGAAAGGGGACCAUCCACGUAAUAUUAACGAUCUCAAGCAGAAGAAGGACACCAGGAUUACAUGAGUAUGCUCUAGAAAAUGAGAUGAUUUUUUUUAGUAUCAAAGUAAUACAAUGUUGUCAACCCUUCAUAAUGCUAA